AUGUUGAUUUCUUCAAUGUUCAUCACAAAGUCCGUCUAAAUUGUCGUGUACUAUUUCGGCAUGUAUUUACCUCCAUAAAGGUAGCAGCUGUACUUAACUCUAUUUUGCGUCCUACAUAAAAUGAACAUAACAUAAUUUCGGAGGAGACACAAUUACAAUUAAACACUAAAUCAGAAAGAUUAAAACAUGAACUUCAAAAACAGUCCUCAAACUCAGCAGAGCUUGUCUCGGCAGUCAUCGAAGUCGAAGUCGAAUUCGAGGGCGAAGCCGAAGCAAGAGCCGCUUAGCCCAUUUGCUGGUGGUGGAUGUUGUCGUGGCUUCACCAGUGUUAAGACUGUAGCAUCCACCACAUCAACCUUUCAACACCAUCAGCUCCAACAGCGUUAUGACACUUUGGAAGUGAAGGUGGCUGAUUUGGAAAAGGAGGUGCAAAAACAAACAGAACUACGAGUGAUGUAUAGGAAAAGAAUGGAAAGAACACAAGACUACUUAAGGUACUGUCUCCAAAUAGCACAAGAGAAUGGAAUCUUGGAACACAUUAUCCACACAAAAGGUGAACUACAACAAUCUCCUCUUUACAACCUCAACUCCAUUACCAAUAGUCCUCUAAAUCCCACUCCUAUGCACCAAAACCACCCCAAUCUAGAGGCCAUCAUUGAUCAAGCCAAAAUCAAUGGAUGGUAUAUUAACCCAACCGAGAUUCAAAUGGAAGAGAAAAUAGGGCAAGGAAGCACAGCAGAAAUUCAUAGAGGAACAUGGCGUGGAUUUGAUGUAGCAGUGAAAUGCAUAUCAACCGAAUUCUUCCGUACAAAUGCAAACGGUGUUGAAUUCUUUGCUCAAGAAGUUGAAACACUCUCAAAGCAACGACACCGUUUUGUUCUUCAUCUAAUGGGUGCGUGCCUUGACCCUCCUAAUCAUGCAUGGCUUGUAACAGAGUAUCUCAAAACAACGUUGAAGGAAUGGCUUCAUGGGCCUGGCAAAAGGCGCAGAGACAGAAUUGUGUCACUUCCUUCUUUUAAAGAGAGACUCAUUAGGGCCUUUGAGAUAGCCCAAGCAAUGCAGUAUCUGCAUGACCAAAGGCCCAAAAUUGUUCACCGUGACUUAAAGCCCAGUAAUGUUUUUUUGGACCAUGAUAUGCAUGUUAGAGUUGCUGAUUUUGGACAUGCCCGUUUCUUAGAUGAUGGGGAAAUGGCUCUCACUGGAGAAACCGGAACAUACGUGUAUAUGGCACCUGAGGUAAUACGAUGUGAGCCAUAUAAUGAAAAGUGUGAUGUAUAUAGUUUUGGAGUGAUAUUCAACGAGCUUCUGACUGGAAAACACCCCUACAUUGAGACAGAAUAUGGUCCUGCCAAGAUUGCUAUGGAAGUUGUAGAGGGAAAAUUGAGGCCUAUGUUUCCUUCAGGGGACGAUGGUGAACAACUUGGAGAAUUGAUUGACCUUAUACGCCUUUGUUGGGAUGGAAAUCCUUCAACUAGACCAUCCUUUGCUACAAUUACCCAUAUCCUCAAAACUUAUGCUAAUAGACUCCUUCAAUUUUAAAUAUACUGUAUCAAAUAAGAGAAAUUAAACAAUUAACUAUUUAUUAUUGGAAAUAUAUGAUCAAACUUGAAUUCUUAUGUUGAUGUGAUCAUGUGAUUUAUUUAAAAAGUACUCUAUACGACCUUUAUAACACAUAUGUGGCCACCUCAGUUAUAAUCCUACACCACCGUUAAAAAGAUCCAUCUUCAUUUUUGAGCAGUGAUAUAU